UCAAGAGCGAAACAAGUUGCACACGGCACAAAUAUUUGAGGAGUAUGAACUAUAAAAAGGGCUUCGAGUAAUGCAGAAGCGCAUUAUUAACAACAAAGUUGGUGUGCAUAAUGAAGACCGCCGUUGUGCUUCUCGCCUGCCUGGCCUCUGCAUUCGCUGCAUGCCCGAACAUCGUUUCCCGCUCUGCAUGGGGUGCUCGUCCUCCCACCAGCAUCACCUACCUGAGCAACCCUGUCCCCUACGUCGUGAUCCACCACUCUGAGUCCGGAACAUGCUCGUCCCAGGCCUCCUGCUCGGCGUUGGUACGUGGCUUCCAAGACCAGCACAUGGACGUCAACGGCUGGUCUGACAUUGGCUACAGCUUCCUGGUUGGUGGUGACGGCAACAUCUACGAGGGUCGUGGUUGGGACCGCGUUGGAGCUCACGCUCCGGGCUACAACAGCAACUCCAUCGGCAUUUGCUUCAUUGGCAGCUACAUCUCCUCCGCUCCCAGCAGCACUUUGGUUGACCCCGUCAGGCAGUUGAUCCAGUGCGGUAUGGACGAUCGCUAUGUGCAGCUCGCCCACAUGACCAUUGGUCACCGUCAGGCCGUGGCAACCGACUGCCCCGGAGAUGCUCUCUACAGCCUCAUCCAGACCUGGCCCGAUUUUGAGCCCAACCCUUAAGCGAUAACUUUCAUGCUCAUCAUCAUCAGCAAUUCGAUGCUCAAUAUUUCUUCUGUGAUCUUUUUAAAAUCAUGUUAAAAAAAAUGAAAAAUAAAAAUGAAAUUUGUAAAUAAAUGGAAGAGUUUGUUAAUUUAAUA